AAGACCACGACAACGAUGGACAUCACCCUGGGACUCUAUUCCACGCAGUUCGCCAAGCAUUCGGACAACCACCGGAUUCCAAUGGCCAAAAGCCGUUUGUCAAUGGUCGUACCAGCGGCUCUGGGGCAGCGCAGGAUGGCCCAGAUUGAGCAGAACGUGGAAGGAAGGACUAGUUUAUGGACCCAGAACAGCAGAUUGAACAUUGUGCUUGUUUCUGCGUUCCUGAAUGCUGUUCUAGCAGCACCGCAGUUGAAUCCGAGAGACGCUACCAUUGUGGUGCUGGAGAAUGACUUCAAUGGAGUUGAACCGUGGCACUGGAGGUUCGAGACGGGCAACGGCAUCCGGCAGGAGCAGUUCGGCACGGAGGGUGACGGCGCGCGCCUGCGGGGCAGCUUCUCGUGGCAGCCACCAGACGCGGGCGGCGCCACCUACAGCGUCACCUACGAAGCCGACGAGAACGGCUACCGGCCCGUGGUCGCCUUCGGCACCGGACCCGUCGCGGUGCGCCCCACGCCGUUGCCACGUCCGACGAAACCGAUACUCCAGCAAGCUGUGCCCAUCAUUGGAAGUAAUGCGGCACUUACACUGGUCGGCUGAGCGGCCAGUCACCUCAUGUCACCGAAUUAUUCACGUGCCUAAAUAUCAAAACCAGUUUUUGAACCGACCCUUCAAGUCAGUCGAGAAAGUGUGCAACGCCUACCCCUGUCACCUGGUACAUUGCUGUUACCUUUCGGCAGCUAACAGCUCUAGUGUUCAGGAGAUGUCACGGUCAGAUUUAUUUGUAAUUUGUGCAAAUGCUUUACCCAACAACAAUAUAGUUUCUUAAAUUUAUAACAGAUCUGCAUUAAUUAAAUUGGUGUAGUGACGUGUUCUUUAAUUUUCCCUGUUUACAUACACUGUUAUAUUUUAAAUCGCACAACCGCUAUAUUCUUGCGACAGUACAGUUCAUCCUCAAGUAUUUUGUAAUGAAGGCAAUUACUCAAACCUGUUUUGAGCGACGUGCCUUCCAGCCAAAAAUGUUAGAUGAAUAACAAAAUUUUCCCAACCUCAUAUGGAAUCGCCAAUAAUUUAAUCUAUUUAUCCACUCCCAGACUUGAUAAAUCCUCUGUCGAGAAUCACACCUGUCUCAAAGAAACAACUUUACCUUUAUAAAUUUACAGGUUCUCGUAAAUAAGAUACUGAGGUAGCAGUAUUUUGUUCAUGAAUAUGAUGUCUCUGAGAAAAGAAAUAAUUUUGGCUCUGAGUUAUCAGUAUGACAGGAUGAUUAAUAACAAUACUGGUUUCA